CAAAGGCAAGCAUAUAUAAUUGGGCCAUAGAAAGGCCUGGUUGGUCACGGGCCUCAAUAUGUGCGGGUCAAUUUGGAAGUAGUGCGCUCUAUUCGGCUCAUUUCCAUUUGGGAAAAUGGAAAGUGGCCGUCACAAAUUAGUUCAGCUUCUAAUAGUGAUGGCGGAUCCCGAUGUUGUAGAAGAUCAGGAAGAAGAAGAAGAUGAAGGUGCAAUAACACAAGCCCAGCUAGAAAAGCGUAAGAAAUGGGAAUGUACCAGAGAUUUCCGAUCUCUUUCUGAUCCACCACCAGUUUGCUCUUUCAUCCCCAUUCGAGAUUAUUCAUUUCACAAAUCUUCCGGUAACUUCGCCGUUUUUCCUCCGGCAAACCACGAGAACCUCUAUCCCGUUCAUCAAAAUCACAGUCAGUCAUCGUCGCCGCCCUCUCCGUCAUCGCCGUCGCUGUUGUCGUCGUCGUCGUCAUUUUCACCUUCUCAUCGAGAGAACGGUGAAUCUUCCUACUCAUUUGCCGCCUCAGAUUCCAAUGUAGUGGAUCCACCAAGAUCCGUGACAGAUUGUCCUCGUAUACCAGCCAGAGGAGCUGGUUAUCGAGGAAAAUGGCUGAAUUUGGGACUGCAGGUGUUGGUUUCUAGAGUCUGCGGUACUGGUAUGUUAAGCAAGGGUCUUAGUUCAGCUCGAAGGGCUGUAAUGAUUAUUCUCUCGCCGUUUGGAAUGGCGGCAAUGCUUGUGAUGUUUGUGUAUUUUCGUCGGCGACGGAGAUUGAUUAGAGGACAGAGAGGGGAAGAAGAGCUGAGACGCACCAUUAGAGCGAAGGAUGAGAGAAUAAAUCAACUUCUAAGUCAAAUAGCAGAGAUGAAUCAGGUAUUUGUGGCUAUGCACAAACGUAAUCUGUCCAAGAAUUAGCUGAAAAUUAGUAUGUAAUAGUACUGUGCUGUGGAGGGAUAAUGGUCAAUAGCUGCUUCUCUAGUGACACACACCAAUGUGGAUGGCCAAGGUCCAUUAAUAGUGUGUAUUCUGUAAGUUUGGAACUCAAUUCUUGCAAAUAUACUAUAAAAUGGUAGAACAGCAGCUUCAUUGUUUGUCUA